UUGUCUCGCGCUGAGUCGUGGGGGAGAACCGGCAGUUUUCUCACUAUUGGGAUAUAGCACGCGCGUGCUUGCCGGUUAUGACACCGUACACGAGCGCACGAUUUUCGGACUGAUGCGUGUAGGUGUCACGGUUGAAAACACGGAAACCGCGCGCUGUUUGGGUUUUGGUCCCGGGUAGGAACACAACUCCACGCGAACCGUUUCUUCCUCCCGAAGCACGCUCGCCCUGUGUAGCGCGUGGGUAAGGAGCGGCACCCUCUCCCGCUCCGACACCAGUCUGCUCCGCUGGGCUCGUGCUCCAGUGGCUCCCAGUCGACACGCAGAGGCGGUAAAACGGAGACUGCGUCGCCCUAGCGGACGAGCGCGAGAGAGGUACGAAUGCACCGCUAUCAAAUAUCCUUUGAUAGUCGUGCACGUUCGCUCCUCGAGGCCCGUGCGUCAGAGCUCCAGAGCACGCCCCUUCCUACGCCCGGACAGCACGGACUGCCAAGAACAUGGCAACCACGAAACACACCGAGAUGCUCUUCAUUUCCUUCUUCUGGGCGCCCGUUCAGGCCCGCGUGCCACAUCUGGCGCUUUAGUUUUCCUUUCGCGUUUUAGCUCUGCGUGCGACACCGCGCUUCGGCGUACCGAAAGCCCUACCGGAGGCACGGGGCAUGCCGCCGGGGACUCGGCCAAAAGCUACAACUGAAAGCAGAAACCCAACCCUAGUGUGACCGGGCGCGGAGAGAGCGAGCACGCUCUCAGUGACAGCCUGCAGCGCGGGGAGCUCGCGAGCGAACCUGGCCAGGGCUUCCUCAUCUUCUUUCUGCUGUGCAUCACCAGCGGAUGUGCAUCGCGGCCUGCUCUCCGGCGCGCGGAUCCCCCACCACCACCGCCACCCCCCCUGCGCGCGAUUCUAUAGCAUACUCGGUUUGAAUGGGACUCGCUGCUGAAUCGGGCGCACGGGAACGUUUUUUACGGUCGGCGAUGUUACCCCUACGUGUGCCCGAGACGUGCGUGCACCCCAGCGGCUCCGGCUACGGCAGAUGCGUGCGCGUGUCGCCCGUGUAACAUGUUCGGGCUUUGAUCGGUCAUCUUGCAAACGGGGGAAAACAGCGGAUCGGCGGGGAGGAGCGAGGAGCUGCGUGCCCUUCUUCGGCUUGUACGGCGCUCUCGCGGGGGAUUUUGAUGGAGCUGGAGAACAUCGUUGCCAACACGGUGCUCCUGAAAGCGCGAGAGGGUGGAGGAGGGAAGCGGAAAGGCAGAAGUAAGAAAUGGCGUGAGAUUCUUCGUUUCCCCCACAUCAGCCAGUGUGUGGAGCUCAGCAGUACCAUUGAGAGGGACUACUUCAGCCUGUGUGAGAGGCAGCCAAUAGGAAGGUUGUUGUUCCGCCUCUACUGUGAGACCAGAACAGAACUACUACGAUGCAUUCACCUGCUGGAUGCUAUGGAAGACUACGAAGUGACCCCGGACGAGAAGAGGAGGAGUCAAGGAGAUGAGAUCAUCAAGACCUUCCUCACGAAGCAGUCUCCAGAGUGUGUGGAUGUGGUUGAAGGUCUUGCGGAACGAUGCAGAGAGAAUCUUGAACUGAGCCCCUGCAAAGAGAUAUUCAGUGACUGUCGCAAGGCUCUGCACGAUCACCUGAGUGGUGCUCCAUUCUCCGACUACCAGAACAGCAUGUACUUCGACCGCUUCCUCCAAUGGAAAAUGCUAGAAAGGCAGCCUGUUACUAAAGACACGUUUCGGCAGUAUCGCGUCCUGGGCAAGGGCGGCUUUGGGGAGGUGUGCGCGUGCCAGGUGAGAGCUACAGGUAAGAUGUACGCCUGUAAGAAACUGGAGAAGAAGAGGAUAAAGAAGCGGAAGGGAGAAGCCAUGGCACUCAAUGAGAAGCAGAUCCUGGAGAAAGUCAACAGCAGAUUCGUAGUCAGCUUGGCGUACGCGUAUGAAACCAAAGACGCUCUGUGUCUGGUUCUCACCAUCAUGAACGGGGGAGACCUGAAGUUCCACAUCUACAACAUGGGCACCCCAGGCUUCGAGAAGGAGCGUGUCCAGUUCUACGCCGCUGAGAUCUGCUGCGGCCUUCAGCACCUGCACCGGGAGUCCAUCGUUUACAGGGAUUUAAAACCAGAGAAUAUUCUCUUAGAUGAUAACGGCCACAUCCGCAUCUCGGACCUGGGGCUGGCCAUCAAAGUGCCUGAAGGAGAGUCCAUCAGAGGGCGCGUAGGGACUGUGGGAUACAUGGCUCCGGAGGUAAUCAAUAAUGAGCGUUACGGCAUGAGCCCGGACUGGUGGGGGUUGGGCUGCCUGGUGUACGAGAUGACGGCCGGACGCUCGCCCUUCCGUGCCCGCAAGGAGCGAGUGAAGCGUGAGGAGGUGGAGAAACGCGUUCAGGAGGAGGAGGAGGAAUACAGCGACAAGUUCACGGAAGAUACCAAAAACAUCUGUAGGAUGCUGUUAGCCAAAGAUCCCAAGCAGAGACUGGGCUGUCAGAGACUGGGCUGUCAGACGCAGGGCGCUGCAGAGGUCAAAGCUCACGCCUUCUUCAAGAACAUCAACUUCAAGAGACUAGAGGCCGGCAUUCUGGAACCUUCCUUCGUGCCUGAUCCCCGGGCUGUGUACUGUAAAGACGUUUUGGAUAUUGAGCAAUUCUCCACUGUUAAGGGUGUUAAUCUGGACCAAACGGACAGUGAUUUCUACUCCAAGUUCGCCACCGGGAGCGUGUGUAUCCCAUGGCAGAACGAGAUGAUAGAGACAGAAUGCUUUAGUGACCUUAACGUGUUUGGGCCUCAGGGGUCGCGACCCCCUGACCUGGACUGGAACCAGCCGCCCGAGCCCCCACGGCGUCGCCUGCUGGACAGGAUCUUUAGGAGACAUGUGAGGAUCACCUCAUCCCCCACCGAAGAGCGUUCACGACAACACAAUAGUUAACCCCAGACCAGCAGACCGUUGCUCAUUGUUGAGCCCCGUCUUCCAGCGUCAACUCUGUUGACUCCAUGUCAAACUCUGCCCCCUAGUGGAGAGACACCUGUGGGACAGCAGGGAACAUGACCGGCGGGGACACUGACCAGAGAGAGAGAGAGAGAGAGAGGGAGAGAGAGAGAGAGAGAGAGAGAGAGACCAGAGUGAAACUCCUCCUGACCUGGACAGGCUGGUCUCUAGAACAUGGACAAAGAUUUUUAUUGGUUAGUUUUGUUGUUUUUGUUUCCUCAUCUAGGCCAACACUAACCAAUCACGGCCCGCCGCAGGCAGGGAGACAAACCGCCUCUUCCCAGAUGAAAAGACUUUUUUGGGGGUUUAUUGUCUUUUUUUUUUUUUUUUGUCUUUUUUUCCUUUGGUGGUUGUUGUUGUUGU